AUGAGCAAAACACCAGCAACUCCCCACCCUCUUCCUAGCAGCCUCGACCCCAACCCCCUCCCCACACAUCCGCAGCCGUCAACCACCCACUUCUCCAGCACACACAACACCAUCAAUGUCUCUCUCUUGGCUAAGGAGAUGGAGGGCUGGUUCCUUGUCGUUGGGUUGGGACUUUCCCUCCUUGAAAUUGAUGACGAUGGGGUCAUGAUAUAUUCUUCGUUAGUGGUGGUGGGAAUGGUGGAUCUGGGUACAGAGCUGUGA